CUGUGCUUUGGAGAUCAAUUCCGUUGUACCGAAUCCCCACGAUUACACCACACCGAGACAAAAAUCGACUGUAAUAUUGAAGAGGAAGAUGACCCCGUCAUUGCUAUGAUCAAAAGAACUGGCUGUUUAGAAGAGCAUUACGACGUUUUAGAUUGUAAAUACGAAAAGAAAGAUUGGAGGUUGUGUCAGGACGUGGUGAAAGCUUUUAGGGAUUGCAUGAACCAAUCAAAAAGGAAAAGCCAGUAA